AUGUCACGCAAGAGGAACCGAAUGGAAAACGAAAACGGAAUGACUUCUAAAUUAGAAGACGGUGAUGGUCCAAAUGGUAGCGAUACGAGUUUUUGCAGCACCAAGAGUCAAGCAGUUCCUGACAUUGGACAGUCACUAUGCACAGAGGCACCGUACAGUACGGACCCGGCAGCCGUGGCGGAGCUCGAGCGAUGUCAUUACGGACGAAUUCCGAGGGCGGAGGCGCUCGCCGGGACUGCCUCGCGAAGAGUCCGCGUCUACGCAGAUGGCAUCUACGACAUGUUCCACCAAGGCCACGCCUUGCAGUUACAGCAGGCGAAGGCGGUCUUCCCUAAUGUAUACCUUAUCGUCGGAGUAUGCAGUGAUGCACUCACACACAGCAGAAAAGGUCGCACAGUGAUGACAGAGGAUGAGAGAUACGAAGCGGUGAGGCACUGCAGAUACGUCGACGAGGUGAUCCGCGACGCGCCCUGGGAGUACGAGGAGGACUUUUUAGAGAAGCACAAAAUAGACUUCGUCGCGCACGACGACAUACCGUACACAUCGGAAAAUUGCGAAGACAUUUACGCCAUGAUUAAGUCCAAGGAUAUGUUCGUAGCCACACAGAGGACGGAAGGUGUAUCCACAUCAGAUAUAGUAGCGCGGAUCGUAAGGGACUAUGACAUGUACGUGAGGCGAAACCUCGCCCGAGGAUACUCCGCGAAAGAGCUGAACGUUUCCUUCCUCAACGAGAAGAAGUUCCGUCUGCAGAACAAAAUGGACGAAUUGAAAGAUAAGGGCAAAAAGGUGAUGACAAACAUAGGAGAAAAACGAGUGGAUAUCCUAACUAAAUGGGAGGAGAAGUCCCGCGAGCUGAUUGAUGCGUUCUUACUGCUCUUCGGUCCGGAUGGAAGGCUGUCCAAUAUCUGGAACGAGUCAAAGGGUCGGCUAAUGCAAGCGUUGAGCCAACCACCGUCGCCUCGGUCUUCACCCCCACCCAGCGAGAAUGGAGAUCACCACGAUACGCACAGAAGUUCUGAAUCCCCGCCGCCGUCCAAGGCGCGCCGCUGCGACACCGUAUGGGAGCAGCAUGCAGAUGCAUCGAGCUCUGACGGUCUUGGUGAAUCGGAAGAGGCAGCACAGCGUCAGCUGACGGACGACGGAUCGGACAGCGACGACGAUUUCCAAGACCCCAGCCCUUACCUCACCUAG